AUGUUGAUCAACCUCCAGGCAAAGUGUUUCAUUGAAUCAAACAGUGAAGUUAAAUAUCUUGUUCAUCCAUCAAUAAGACAAUCAUUAGGGAUGUUCAAUCUGUUUACAUGUCUUGUCUCUAUUAGAAGUAUGAAUUACAGAAUCCAGAAUAUGACAGUCAAUUGGUUUAUGCUUAAUGCAAAGAUUUUAUGGGUAGAACAACAAUGA